ACAGGCGCAAUCCCAGACAGGCCGGGAGAUUGCCCGUUCAGGCGCCUACCCUUCCAGUGAAUUCACCUGCAGCAGGAUCCGUAACGGGGGAAAUCUCACUAGAGCCGUUUGCAAACAGGAUCGGGGAUGGAGCACUACGAGACGCUGGAGAGGGCCCUUGGGGUGCUGGUCUGCACCUUCCAGCGCUAUUGCCAGAAGGAAGGAGACCAGCGCACACUCAGCAAAGGGGAGCUGAAGGAGCUAUUGGAAAAAGAGCUGCCCAGCUUGAAAACCGUGGAAAUCAAAGACGGGGCUUUUGAAGAACUGAUGUCCUUGCUGGAUACCAACAAAGACAACCAGAUCGACUUUGAAGAGUACAUCCGCUUCAUCACGGCAGCUUGCACCUUCGUCCAUGACUUCUUCAAGGACAGCCCUGCCGUCCAGCCGCGGGUGUAGGGAUG